GUUUGUAGCAAGUUUGACACACCAUUACCAUGGCUCUCUCGUCACCACUUCAGAACCUCUCUUCAUUAAUCUCUGCUCACGGAAUCGCCACCGCAACAGCGAAGGCACCAUCACGGCAUCAGUAUGCGGUUCACGCGGCGGCAUCCGACACAGCCACGACCGUUGAAGUUGGCAGUUAUGAAGAAGGGAAAUUGGUGCGACCAAAAUGGACUGGAGAAACCCCUCUGUCUCGCAUGGUUCGAGCUCUCAUAUCUUUCAAACCCUUAUACUCUAUCCUCAAACUUGGUGCUAGACAGGUUUUAAUAAGUACAGCUGAGAAAAACAACAUUCCUUGGAGGGAAAUGACAAAAGAGAUUUUGGAAUCACAAGUUUAUAAGGAAAUGGAUACCAUUCAAAACCACUCUUUAGUAUAUCCAGAUUAUUAUUUGAAUCCAUUCCAUGCAUAUGAUGAGGGGAAUCUUACAUGGUUGGCAGCAGCAGAAGCAGAGGCGGCUACUAAGUCAAUGGUAAGACGAGCAAUUCCCAACGCUUCUUCCAUCGAUGAAGCAACUCAAAUACUGCGUGGCAAUUGGCUUCAAGCAAUUGAACAACACCAUCUACAACAUUCACAAACAUCCAUGAUUAGCGACAUUCUAGACAUUGGAUGCUCAGUGGGAGUAAGCUCAAGAUGUCUGGCAGACAAGUUCCCUACGGCGAAUGUCACCGGGCUAGAUCUGUCACCGUAUUUUCUAGCUGUGGCUCAACAUAAGGAAAAGAGAGGAGCGCCUAGAAAAAAUCCUAUAAAAUGGAUACAUGCAAAUGGGGAAGACACAGGCUUGCCUUCUAAAUCAUUUGAUCUUGUGUCUAUUGCGUAUGUGUUUCAUGAAUGUCCAGCCAGAGCUAUAGUGAAUGUAGUAAAGGAAGCAUUUCGUCUCCUUCGACCUGGAGGCACCCUAGCUAUGACAGAUAAUUCGCCAAAGUCGAAGGUCCUACAGGAGUUGUCUCCAGUCCUGUUUACAUUGAUGAAGAGUACAGAACCUUUUCUUGAUGAGUACUACUUGACUGAUAUGGAUGAAACACUGAUGGAAGCUGGUUUUGUGAACAUAACAUCAAUUCUUACUAACCCCAGACACGUCACAUUAACAGCUACUGUGCCUCAAUAAAACAUCUUGGGAUGUUUUGUUUUCUUUAAAUUUUUUUGGAACAUAAACAUCUAUUGUUGUUUACUUUAAACAAGAAUGAAAGUCCUUGGUUUAUGCAGUUAUUAUUGUGUUGUAAAGGAGAACUAUAUGAAACUGGUAGAUUAAAUCGUGUAUCAAUGGUUCGCAAAACAAGGCUUAUCUUACCUUUUA